UAAACCAUAUUUCUCGAACUUCGUUUUACUUCCACCCAUCCUCUCCUAGAAUUCAACGGCAAGCAUCCAUGGCAGCCUCCGCCAACAUCUCUACUUUGUCCUCUUCAUCAGGACUAUCAAAGUCCAUAUCCAAAAGCCACUCCUUUUAUCUAAACCAACCGGAAAAAAACCCCUUUUCCAAACCCGUUUUCCAUCACCAGAAACCUCAGUUCACCAUCUCCUCUAAAAACCCCAUCUCCGAAUUCUUUUCGAAGAAAAAAAGUGACCCAGAAGAGAAUUUUGUGCCCUAUUUUAGUGAUGAUGACGAUAAGCCCCGUGAAGAGUGUGGUGUUGUGGGUAUAUUCGGUGACCCUGAAGCCUCACGGCUCUGCUAUUUGGCCCUCCACGCGCUUCAGCAUCGUGGACAGGAAGGUGCAGGUAUUGUAGCGGUGAAUAACAAUGUUCUUCAAUCUGUUACCGGUGUUGGUUUAGUUUCUGAUGUGUUCAAUGAGUCUAAGCUUAGUCAAUUGCCUGGUGACAUGGCUAUUGGACAUGUGAGAUAUUCGACUGCCGGUUCUUCUAUGUUGAAAAAUGUACAGCCUUUUGUUGCUGGUUACAGGUUUGGGUCUGUUGGGGUUGCGCAUAAUGGGAACUUGGUGAACUAUAGAGCUUUGAGGCAUAUGCUCGAGGAUAAUGGUUCGAUUUUUAAUACUAGUUCUGAUACUGAGGUUGUGCUUCAUUUGAUUGCUAUUUCGAAGGCUAGGCCUUUCUUCUUGAGGAUUGUUGAUGCUUGUGAGAAGCUCGAAGGGGCUUAUUCGAUGGUGUUUGUGACCGAGGAUAAGCUCGUUGCUGUGCGUGACCCCCAUGGAUUUAGGCCUUUGGUUAUGGGGAGGAGGAGUAAUGGUGCUGUUGUAUUUGCUUCGGAGACUUGUGCCCUCGAUUUGAUCGAGGCGACAUACAAAAGAGAGGUGAAUCCUGGUGAAGUUUUGGUGGUGGAUAAAAAAGAUGGGGUUCAAUCGCUUUGCUUGCUGCCUCACCCUGAACCUAAACAAUGCAUUUUUGAGCAUAUCUACUUUGCUUUGCCUAAUUCUGUUGUCUUUGGAAGGUCCGUUUACAAUUCAAGACAUGCUUUUGGAGAAAUACUUGCGACUGAGGCUCCAGUCAACUGUGAUGUCGUGAUUGCAGUGCCGGAUUCUGGGGUUGUCGCUGCUCUUGGUUAUGCAGCCAAAGCAGGGGUGCCAUUUCAGCAAGGGCUGAUCCGGUCACACUAUGUCGGAAGAACUUUCAUUGAGCCUUCACAGAAGAUUCGGGACUUUGGUGUUAAGCUUAAGCUCUCACCAGUUCGCGGCGUGUUGGAAGGUAAAAGGGUUGUGGUUGUUGAUGACUCGAUUGUAAGAGGAACCACAUCUUCAAAAAUUGUUAGGCUGAUCAAGGAAGCAGGAGCUAAGGAAGUUCACAUGAGGAUCGCAAGCCCACCGAUCAUCGCCUCUUGCUAUUACGGAGUGGACACACCGAGUUCAGAGGAGUUGAUAUCGAACCGAAUGAGUGUGGAGGAGAUUCGAGAGUUUAUCGGAUGUGAUUCACUCGCUUUUCUUUCAAUCGAUAGCUUGAAGAAGAUGUUGGCCGGUGAUUCCCAAACCUUCUGCUAUGCGUGCUUCUCUGGGAAGUACCCUGUCAUGCCAAGGGAGAUUAAAGUGAAAAAAGUUGGUGAUUUCUUGGAUGAUGGACUGAAUGGACCUAUGGAUUCCAUUGAUGGAGGGUGGGUGAAAGGUCCAACAAAUAUCGAUAUCGAGAAAGAAAUCGAUCCAAUGUAUAAGCAAAACAAGAUUUAGCUAUGUUUCAGUCACGACUGUGUGGUGAGUGAUGGUUUCGAUUUCUUUGCUUAUAAACAAUCUAAAGCUUAUGCAAUUUUGCCUCGUUAUUUUCUUUGGAAAGACUAAUUUUCAUUUAUAUA